AUGAAAAAAGUGUUGGGCAUCUGCAAAUCAACACCAGCCUGUUCAGAUCAUUUACAGAGACAAGAGGCUGGAGGAGGUUGGUUGAGCUCACAAAGCAAACACCCAGAUCAUCAAAUUGAAGCAGCCUGUACCAUAGGGCAGUUGCUAUUAAGUUACAGAGUCAACACCUAUUCAUCAAUAAUCUCUAUUCCACAGCUUCAGGAUACCUUGCUUCAGAAGGAAGAGGAACUUGCUAGGUUACAUGAAGAAAAUAGCAACCUCCGACAAUACCUGAAUUCUGCCCUGAUUAAGUGCUUGGAAGAGAAAGCCAAGAAGCUGCUAUCCUGCCACGGGCAAAAGAAUGGUGCUAUUUUCAAAUCCACCAAGAGGAGAUUAAAAGAGGACCACUGCUUUGCUCCUCAAGAAACCCCUCAUGCUUCCAAAGCUAGAAGGAGCCUCUUUAAUCAAUUCACUGCCUGUGAAGAGCAAGCCAGCCCUGCUGUAGACAGCUGGGUCUUGCAGACUUUAGGAUUAAAAGAUGUCAACACUAUUGAUGAAACUUCAGCUAACUACAGUGCCCUGACCUCAGACCUUGGAAAAGACAGGUACAGCCUGAGCCCUGGUGAAGCAACAGACUAUGACCAUAGUGAGAGAGUGGCAGCAGCUUAUAGCUGCAGCCGUGUGCCUCCAGCCAGCAGCGGUACUCAAGCAUGCAGUGAAGACUCUUGCUUCCUUCCUCAGUUUUCUUCAGCACCAUGUGUCUCCUCAUCAGUGCCAAGUGUUUCCUCCCUCCCAGCCUGUGGGUUGCCUUAUUUGGCUGGGAGUUUGUCACCCAAUAAAACAGAAGUGGCCUUCACCACAUCUCUGAGUCCUCACCGCAACGUGAGAACGCACACCUUCCACCAAGGACAAGCCUUUGUGCGCAGAGAUGAUGAUGGAGGGUGGAGGUUCACCUGGGUGCCCAAGCAGGCUGAAUAAAGCACCUGCUUUGAGGGUCAGUCAUAGGGGAUAUAGGAGACAAACUUCAUCUUGUAUUUGAUAUGAGUUCUGGCAUCAAAAAUGAGCCCCUUAGGGCUUUGUCAAAUGCUACUGUAUCACUCCUCAUUCCCUCCCAGAUUUUCACAAGUAUGGCUCCAGAUUGCACCAAGACAAUUAUCUGCCCCAGACCAGAUGUACAAAUUGAAUCCACUUUGCUUGUGCCUGUGUCAAGGAACAUUCUUUCACUUGCUUCAUGGUUUCCCUAUCAUCAACUGGUAGUUUCCAGGCUGGAGUGCUUUUAGCUUUGAUAAUCACUCUGACAUGCACCAAAGUAGAAAGCAUUUUAGGAAUACAGUUUGGAAAUGGCACCUCUCUUACAGGUGACAAAGCAUACGUUGGAGGCUGAGGAUC